AUGCCUCAAAACUGUAAUGAGCAAAUGGAAAACAAAAAUAAUAAUACCGAAAUAGGAAAAAUAGAAACUAAAUAUAUCCAAAUAAAUAGAGGUAUCUUUCAAGGCGACUCGUUGAGCCCGCUUUGGUUUUGCCUGCCACUAAACCCUCUUUCUAAUAUCUUAAAGAGGGAAGACACAGGCGUACAGAUUAAACAGAACAAAGAAGUAAUUUAUACAUUGUCACACCUUCUCUAUAUGGAUGAUAUAAAGAUCUACGCACCCAGAGAAAUGCAGCUUAAACACCUAGUAAAAAUGAUAUACAAUUUUUUGAAUGAUAUUAAAAUGGAAUUUGGACUGGACAAAUGCAGAACACAGUCGAUAAAGAAAGGGAAACAAGUAGUAGAAAGGGUACAGGGAAACAACAUGCCAAAAAUCGAACCAAUGUAUGAAGAUGAAAUGUAUAAAUACUUAGGAAUGCAUCAAAAACAAUGCACUGAACACAAAUAUAUAAAAGAAAUAAUAAAAGAAAAAUAUUUCAAACGCAUCAAUAUGAUCCUUAAAUCUAAACUCAACGCUAAAAAUCAGAUUAAAGCUAUAAAUACAUACGCUAUUCCACUGCUAACAUCUACAUUUGGAAUCGUUAAGUGGAUACAAACAGAAAUGAAAGACAUCCAAACAAAAACAAAUGUCGCCAUGACGAAACAUAGAUGCCACCAUCCAAAAGCGGCAGUAGAAAGAACUACACUCAAACGGAAAGAUGGUGGUAGGGGACUUAUAGAUCUAUCUAACCUGCACAACAAUAGUAUAAUAAACCUACGGAAAUACUUCUACUCAAAACAAGCACAAUCUCCAUACUAUAGAGCUAUUGUAAAAGCAGAUAAACACACCCCACUAAUACUAAGUGACGAAGAAAAAACUUGGUCCAUAGUAGAAGACGCAGACAAGCUUACCCGCUGGAAAGAAAAAGCUCUACACGGAAGGUUUCCCCAUGACGUAGACCAGGACACUGUCGACAAACAAGCGACGUACAAUUGGUUAAAACGUGGAGAGCUACAACCGGAAACUGAAGGGUUUUUUAUAGCCAUCCAAGAUCAAGUGAUUAAGACCAAUAACUACCGAAGAUACAUCUUAAAGGACGGAAUUGAGUCUGACUUAUGCCGAAGGUGUAAGAAAGCAAGUGAGACAAUACAUCACGUCAUAGGAGGAUGCCAAGCUAUAGCACAGAGUGACUACAAAUUUAGACACGACCAAGUGGGAAAGAUCAUACACCAAGAACUAGCAUUGAAGUAUAAACUCAUAGAGCAUAAAGUUAACUAUUAUCAGUACGAACCUGCUACAAUCCUUGAAAACAAUGAAUAUGAAAUGUACUGGGACAGAACUAUAAUAACAGAUAAAAGACUAGAACACAAUAGACCAGACAUAGUAGUGAAGAAGAAAAACGAAAAUGAAGUGUUGCUCAUAGAUUUUGCGGUGACAAACAACAAUAACCUAACACAAACAUACAGAGAGAAGAUUACCAAAUAUAUUGAUUUAUGCUUUGAAAUUAAGGAUAUGUGGAAAUACGAUCGAGUCCGGGUCAUCCCAUUAGUACUAUCGAAUAUGGGUGUAACAUACCAAAAACACUAA